GUUUUGCUCUUACUUUCCACUUUCUCCUAUUACUUCAAGAAUCCCCACCUCCGACUUCUCCGGUGUUGUCUUUCUUAAUUCGAUCAAGAAUCACCACCAUGUUGUUCCAGAAGUUACUCGAUACGCUUCGGCUCCUUUGGGCGUCCAAAUGUGAAUCCAAGGGCGCCGGGGACGAGCCUGGAAGGAGUCCACUUCGACAACCAUCACCACCACCACCCCCGUACAAAGCAGUUACUACCGCCGCCAUCCUUCCGUCUCUCGAGCGGCCUGCCGACGCCCUUCUGCGGAAGGCCACUUUCGACCGAACCAAGCUCGUUCUCACCCACAAGGGCAGAUCCGUUCUCUUCGUCUACUACCUCCUGUUAGAAGAAGCGCUUCAUUCCGUCAAGAUUUCAUUUAAGUUCAUAUGCGCUCAGCUUCCGCGACAUGGCGCAGAGGGCACGCCAGCCGCUAACCGCGCCAUGGUCAACGCAGCCGGCAACUACGCAUUUCUGCUGGCUUUACUACACGUCAGCAAACAGUGUAACAUUUCCAAGGGGCGCCUGUCGUUGCCGGUCAACGAGGCGGUGCACGCCAUACGUGAGCAUGUGAAAGGCGAAAUGGUGAAGGAUUUGAUGCAGGGUGAUAGAUAUCAAGAACAAAGACACGUGAUGCAACAGCUGGUGGACAGGGUGGAGGAUCACCUCGUUCAGGCUGCGCCAUAUGUAAUCGACGAUCGAUACGAUACUCGGGGAACGAAAAGGGUACGAGACAGCGUCGACACUGGUGAGCUGGACGUGUGGAAGGUGCAGGAGUGUUGGCGCUUGUUCAAGAGUGUACUUGUUGAGAACUGCGGCGACCUGCUCCCGCCUCCUGGCUUCGACAAAUAUGGGGGCAAAUCCCAGACUGCGUUACGACGACUCAGUCUGUCAAAAGGUACCUUCUACCACUCCAUGGCUUUAUCAUUUUGGGAAGGUGUUCGAAAUGUACUGUAGCCAUCAUCCCGUGCGAGCCCUUGGUGCUCUCUGUGGCACACAGAUUCUCUGAGUCUGAUUUUGUAAAGUACGAGUAUAUCAGCUCCCCUCCAAACGUCAUGUCUUCC